AAUGUUUAUUUCUAGAGAAUGAGAAUUAAAAAAACUGGAUUUGAUGAUUAGGUCAUUUUUAGAUGUGAAAGUAGAUGUUAGUUAAGUGGUUGAAAAGGGUGGGAGGCAAUGAGUAAAGAUUAUCUUUGCAGUGAACAUGAAAGCAGAGGGAGACCUAUCUGGGAUCUAACGGGUUCAAGGAAAGGCUUUUUUAUAUUGUGUUUUACAAUUGGGGGGAUAACAUGAGCCAGUUUGUAGGCUGAGAGAUGGACAUGCUAGUAGAGGAAAGAUUAAAGAUGAAGAUGAGAGAGGUGCCAGUUGCUGAGUGUGUGGUUUUUGAAGAGUUGUUUCAUUAAAGAGGCCUUUAUCAAGGAAAGGAGGAUACCUUUUUUCUGAGACAAGAAAGAUGGAAGAAAAACAGGUGCAAUAAUAGUAAAUUGUAGAAGUUGUGUUUGACAGGUGGUGAGGUAGGACACUGGAAAGUUGUAAUGGGAGGAGUUCAACAUUCUUAGUAAAGUUGGAGACAAUAGUCUGCUCAGAUUGAGUAGUGGAUAUGGGAUGAAUUUGGGUCCUGGGGAAUGGAAAAGGUUUGGAGUGGCCACUGUGGGAAUCAUGACUGGGAGUUGGCAGCAGAUGAGUAAGUGAAUUGCUGAAAAGCCAUAAGGGCCCACUGGGGUUAUUCAGUGUGGAUUUGUAAGAGACAGUACUAUUUCAUCACAAUGGCAGGUAGAUGUGGGAGCUCUCAGAGGAUGGAGACAGGGGGAUUGAGGUUAGCACUGAGCAACUUCUGAGUUUGGGAUUUUCAAGGUGUGGCCAUUCAGUGUGCUGUUUAGGUGCAAGGUUUGGUCAUAAUGGUGCGGUGGCUGAGAGGUGUUAGAUGUUCACCGUAGCCAGCAUGUUGGAGCAUCUUUGUUUGGUACCAGGAAGUCAGCUUUCUUCUGGAAAAGUGAAAUUAAAAUUACUGAAGGAGCAGAUUCGAGAGCCAGUGAAACAACCAAUUAAUUAUAAAAUGGCAAAUUCUUUUGAAAGUGAAAAACCCAAGAUAAAAGGGAAGGUUUGUGGACAGUGUGAGAACAAAGCUGCUCUACUAGUGUGCCUUGAAUGUGGAGAAGAUUAUUGUUCCGGAUGCUUUGCUAAAAUUCACCAGAAGGGGGCACUAAAGCUCCACAGAACAACUCUUCUACAGGCAAAAUCUCAAAUAUUAUCCAGUGUAUUGGAUGUUGCCCAUCAGUUUAUAAAGGAAGUUAAUCCAGAUGAACCCAAAAGGGAGAAUAAUUCUACAAAAGAAACCAGCAAAAGUCAGCAAAAACCCAAAUCUCCACUUCUGCAGGGGAGCAGCUCUGAGGUAGAAAUUACAACAACAGAAAAAGCAGAAUGUACGAAACCAAGAGAUAGACUAUUGGGUGAAGGAUCAUUCGAUGAAGAAGCUUCUGCCCAGUCCUUUCAGGAAGCAUUAAGUCAGUGGAGAACUGGCAAUCACGAGGAAAAUGAGAAACAGAAUUUACAUGCCGCAAAACCAGACUCAUUGGAAGAAUGUGAAGUACAGACUAACAUGAAAAUUUGGAGAGAACCACUUAAUAUUGAAUUUAAAGAAAAUAGUCUAUCCUACAUGGAAAAAUUAUGGCUUAAAAAACACAGGAGAACUCCACAAGAGCAACUUCUUAACGUGCUACCGGAUACACUUAUACAUCCAUGUAAAACCACUAGUGAGGCACAGUGUUCUCAAAAUGAAAAUGAUGAAGAUAGUGAUGUUGAAGAGAUCAAAGUACAACAUCCAGAUCCUUUUCUGCCAGUUGAAGAAUUAAACAUAGAGAGACCUGAACCAUCUCUAAAGAUAGUCGAACUUGAUGAUAAGUAUGAAGAGGAAUUUGAAGAACCAGGAAACACUGUGCCUUACAAAGUUGAAUUAGCUGAUGCAGACAUUCAACAAAGUUAUGCAUUUCAUGAUUAUCAGAAGAAUAAUUUUCCAUAUGAAAAUGGCAUCUAUCAACAUCAUAUUUUCAACAACGGGAAAAUAGACCUAUCACAUCUUUGUCUGAGAAACAGCCCUACAUAUUGUAAAGAUAAUUCAAAAGCAGGAACUUCAAAUACAGAUUUUGACAACACUGUGGAUUCCAACGUUUAUUCUUCUGAUAUUGAAAAAAUAGAGGAAAGCAGCAUCUUUGAAAGAAAUUUAAAAGAAAAGACUAUAGAUAUAAAAAGUAAUCAAAAGUCUGAUGAUUCCUAUAUAUCACCUGGGAGCAAAGAUUCUUUACCAAGUAUAGAAAAACCUUCCAUUGAAGAGAAAUUAUCUCAAGACAACAAAGAACCCUUGGUAUUUAGCAAUCUGCAUGGGAGGCCAAAUGUUGAAGAUUCUAAAACCAGAGAGUCGCCACUGCUGUUACAAGAAAUAGCCCUCAGAAGUAAGCCUAUAACUGGACAAUAUCAAGGACUUGAGAGAUUCUUUAUUUCUGAUGAAAAUGAAAGAGUCAACUUACCUCCUUCUCAUACUUUAGAAUGCAGCUAUUCCAGUACUGGGAUUACAUUUGCAGACAGAGAAUGGAUCCCAGACUAUAGCAUAAGUGCAUAUGCUGAUAAUGCAGUUGUUUGGGGUGUUCUACAGAGUGCCCAGAAUCCAUCAUCAAAUAGAAAACAGCCAAAGACAGGCCAAACAUCACAGAGACCUUCAACAGCAAAUUUACCACUUUCCAACUCUGUUAAAAAAACUCCUGCCGACUUUCAUCCUCUCAUCCUCGAUCAAGAAGUUGCUGCUCGAUCAUUAUCUAGAGCUGCUUCCGAAAUUUCAGAAAUUGAAUAUAUUGAUAUUACUGACCAAUGUGAGCUUUUCUUAGAUGACACGGCUGACCAACAAACCUUAGACAGUUUGGAAAAAGAAUUAAAUGUGCUGAGAAAUCUUUCAGAUUGGUCUGGCUGAUAUCAGUGUCAUUUCAGAAGUAGCCAAGGUGGGCAGAGGUAUGUGUGUGCAGAUUACAGAUGCAACUUCCUGAUAGAUUGGGAGACAGAGGACAGAAAGCAAGGUGAUGAGAGCCAGGAUUCUGGGCCAGCAGGUCUGGUUUUGAAACUUGAUACCACCACUUUCCAGCUUCAAGAUGUUAAGCAAAUUACUUUCUUAAAUCUGUCUUUGUAUCAG